AAUGCCAUCGCCAGAAAGAAAGAAGAAUAAACAUAAGAAAAAAGACAAGGAUAGCAGUCAUAGAUCUUCUCCAAAACAUAAAUCGAAGAAAAAGGUAACUUUGCAUUUAAUUUAUAUUAGAAAUCUUCGAGAACACCCAGCAGAGGAAGAGAGAAAAAAAAGGAUUAUAAAAAAGAGAUUAAAGAAUCUCCACAUAAUACAUAAACUUUAAGUGAUAAGCAAUUAACAGAUAUGUUUGGAAGCCUUCCAGGAUUUAAUUUAGAAAUAUUAAAGAAGAUUUAAGAAUAAAUGAAAGAUGGAAGAAGGCCCUCAAAUGAUGAUUAAUAAUAAUUAAUGGGAUUGUCAGGUAAUAUAUGAGUUAAUUGUUUAAAGCAUUUGGUUUUCUUCCAAUUAUUAAUCAGCAAAUUCCAAUAGUGUUACCAACCCCUGGAACGAAAAAAAGCUCCAGAUAAUAAAAAAAUAUGAAAAAUACUUUUAAGUAGAGAAUGCUAGUACCAUUUACCUAUGACACAUUAAUGGUAAUCUUAGAAGAUUAGUUUUAUUAAGACUAAUUACCUGAAGAAUUAAUAACUUAAAUAAAAAGAAGAAUAAUUGAUUUAAUUAAAAAAAGGGUUCAAGAUUAAAAAUAAGAAGAAUUUAAUGAAAAAAUUGAAAAAUUAGAAUAAGAUCUUAAGAAACCAAUGAUAUUAGAUGAACAGCAAUAGCAAUAAUAGCAACAAUAGCAAUUAAAUUUAAUCAAAAGUAUUUUCACAGUGCUUCAAAGUAACAAAGAAGAAAGAAAUCAACAAAGUUAAUUAAGUACUGAUAUAAAAGAUUUACUUUAACCUAUGGAAAUUGAAACACCAAAUAUUGUAGAAAAGGAUCUUUAUGAAGAAGCUAAGCUUUUGUUUAGGUGAA